UUCUUAAGAAAAAUGAGUUUUACUUGCUAUUACCAUGGUUGUUUACUUCGUUUCAGGCCGAGGACAUUGACAAUCAAAGCUGUCAAUCCUACUGAGUCAACUUCGAAAUCUGUUGAGCCUGCGUAUGGACGGUUGCAGAUCCUAGAAAGAGUAGAUGAUUUGCUGCGGAAGGGAAAUGAGAGGGAAGCACUGCUUUUUGUCAAGGAACAGCAGGAGAAUCCUGGUGGUCUAAGGUGCUUUGGAGCAGCGAGGCAGGUGCCGCAGAGACUCUAUACCCUCGAUGAAUUGAAGUUAAAUGGAAUAGAUACAUCUUCUUUCUUGUCACCGGUGGACGUUACUUUAGGUUCAAUUGAGAGAAACCUCCAGUUUGCUGCAGUUUUAGGAGGGCUUUCAGCAUGGUUUGCAUUUGGACUUUCUCAGCUACAGAUAUUGUAUAUAUCAGUGGGAUUACUGUUUUUAUGGUCGGUUGAUUUGAUCUCUUUUGAUGGAGGUGUACGGAAUUUGAUACUUGAUACUAUUGGUCACAACCUCAGCCAAAAGUAUCAUAACAGGGUUAUUCAGCAUGAGGCUGGCCACUUCUUAAUUGCUUACUUGCUUGGAAUUCUUCCAAAGGGGUAUACUUUAUCAAGCUUGGAAGCCUUUAUAAAGGAUCAAUCUCUGAAUGUUCAAGCUGGCACUGCUUUUGUGGAUUUAGAGUUUGUCGAAGAAAUUGAUGCUGGAAAAGUUUCUGCAAAGAUGCUGAACAGUUUCUCAUGCAUAGCACUGGCCGGUGUAGCAACUGAGUAUCUUCUGUUUGGAUAUUCUGAGGGAGGACUUGCUGACAUUUACAAGUUGGAUAGUUUGCUCAAAAGCUUAGGCUUCACACAGAAGAAAGCGGACUCUCAAGUGAGAUGGGCUGUAUUGAACACGGUAUUGCUGCUCCGUCGCCAUGAAAGAGCUCGAUCGAAGCUAGCAGAAGCCAUGGCUUCUGGAAAAUCCGUAGGAUACUGCAUUGAUGUUAUAGAAAAUGAUAUAGAUUUCGAAGAUCUUUGAUAAUCGAUCUAAUUAUAGCUCUUCCAGUGAUUACCAUUUUUUUUCCCUUUUCCCCCUUUAAAAGACCUGUAUCUGUUUUUUUUUUUUGGGAUAAUAUGUAUCUGAGAUUUACUGAUAGUAAAGUAUAAGUAUUAUUAAAAUUCGCGAGCUGCGUUGGAUCGCUA